AUGAAAGCCCCACAAAAGCGGCUCCUGUCGUUACUGACCUCUAUGACCUUGACCCCUAGCUCGAGGCUGAACCUGCUCCGCCUGCCAGAUCGAGGGAGGGGCGCACGCGCGGACGCAGAGACGAGGCCGGCCGGCGGGCGGGGCUGCAGUACCUUAUCCCCGCCCCAGCAAGUGGGGCGCGCUAGAGCUCGGCCGCGGUGCCCGGCCCUGAUCCUCCUUCCCCGGGCGCCCUCCUCGGCGGCGGCGGCGUGCCUCCGAGUGUGCCGGGGCUGUGAGAGUGCCAGGCUCCCGUUGCCAGCCGGCAGCAGCAUGUGGCGGUCGGCCGGGGCCGCGUUCCGAGGUUUGUCGGGCUUCAGCCGGCAGCCCCUCCGGACCCUGUCGGCAUCCCCCGGCGGCGCCCCGAAGGGCGUGACGCUGUCCGUGACGCCCCCGGUGGGCCUGGCGGACGAGCCGCUGCACAUCCAGGUGCAGGGCUUGAGCCCCGGCGAGCCCGUGACCGUGCGGGCGCUGGCCGUCAGCUACUACGGCCGCCUCUUCCAUUCGUGCGCCCACUACGAGGCCGACAGCAUCGGGGCGGUGGACCUGACCAAGGACCACUCCCAGGGGGGCGACUACACGGGCGUCGAGCCCAUGGGGUUGUUGUGGAGCCUGUCCCCGGCCGGCAUGGAAAACCCCUACAUCCGCAUGGUGCAGCGGAGCGUGCUCAAGAAGCCCCUCAAGCUCGAGGUGACCGUCCAUCGGGCUCACAACCAGACCGGCCUGCUGCUGGGCCAGGUGCUGGCCUCGGCCAAGGUGGAGCGCUGGUACGCCACCCCCGAGAUCCGGGCCAUGCGGGUCCGCGAGGGCACGGUCCGAGGGUCCUUCUUCCUGCCGCCAGGGGAUGGUCCAUUUCCUGGUGUGAUUGACAUGUUUGGUGAUGAAGGGGGACUACAUGAAUUUCGGGCUAGCCUUCUUGCUUGUCGAGGCUUUGCUACCCUAGCUUUGCCAUAUUUUGCCUUUGAAGAUCUACCUCCCAUCAUGAAAGACUUAAAUCUUGAUUACUUUGCUCAGGCAUCUAAAUUUGUGCAGAAUCACCCAAAGGUUAAAGGUCCCAAAAUUGGAGUAAUUGGAUCAGGCAAAGGAGCAGAACUGGCUUUCUCAAUGGCUACCUUCCUCCCAAAUGUGGCUGCUGUGGUCAGUAUCAAUGGUUGCAUAUCCAACACAGGCACUGCUCUUCAGUGUGGCCAAGUGAUCCUUCCAGGGCUCCCCUUUGAUUUGGAUAAAAUCACUGUCAGUUCUUCAGGAGUGUAUGAUGUUAAAGAAGCCCUUGUAGACCCCUUGGAUCCUGCUUAUGGAGAUAGCCUCAUUCCCAUAGAAAAAGCUAACUCUCACUUCCUUUUUGUUGUUGGAGAGGAUGACAAACAAUGGAAUAGCUCUUUGUAUGCUGACUUGGCAAUCAAGCGCUUAGAGGAGCAUGGGAAAAAAAAUUACACUCUUCUGAGUUACCCUAAUGCAGGUCAUCGAAUUGAUCCACCCAAUAGCCCAUUUUUUCCAGUUGCCUUGGACCGGUGGCUGGGAGUCCCUGUUCUGGGUGGGGGUCAGUGUAGAGCCCAUGCCAUUGCUCAGGAGGAAUCUUGGAAGAAGAUCUUAGAGUUUCUGAAGAUGCAUCUAGAAUGAAGGCUAUAAAACCAUAGGAUUGGGUUGGAGUAAAUCCCCAAACAGUACAACCGAUUGAUUUCAAAGGAAGUUAAAAGCCUAAAUCUGUAUAGCUUUGUAAAAUGAAAAUUGGGAUCUCGUAUCCAUCCACAUGUUUUGAGGGGACUCUAAAAUUACUAAGGAAAUAGUAUUUUUUUGGUAGCAGUUCAAAGAAACUGAUUUAAGGGUCAGAAGUAUUUCAAUUUUGUGUUUACCAGAACCUAUCAUUCUUAAUCUAUCUUUUAAAAAGGAUUUUGGUUUAACUUAUCCAGGAGAAGGUAGAGGCUUCAGCUAUAAAGGGGGAGAUGAUUACUAAAUGAAAGAACAAAAAUAAUUUUCAUUAUGGCCCCUUUUGGCAUUACAAAUCAAUUUGUCUACCUUCUAUUUUUCCAUGCUCUUUUUUUACUCAUAGAAAAAUAGUCUUCUGUAUCCACUGCAGAAAUAUUUGUAAACAUUUUUUUGACCAGGGUAUAUCCUUGAAUGUGAUCUUAUUAUAUAUGCCAUUGGAUUUUUGAUAAGGAACUUUACUUGGUGAUGUAAAGAUCAACGUGAAACCGUAAGAUCAACUGCACUGACCUUGGGGUUUGUGGAAGCCACCUUUUUAAGGGUCAGCAAAGAUUUCACCUUGGAAAAAUCCUUAGAAAAUAUGUCUCUCUCCAGCAAACAACUGUCAAAUGCUGAGACUGGGUCUCAGUGUUUGUAUCAUCUUUUCUUCCCCUAUUUCUUUUAUUUAUACAUACUUGAAGUUUCAAAAGUUUAUUGAAUUCAGAUUGUCCUCCAAAAUAAACAGUUGCAGUGCAGAAAUUGGACUUUUCUAAUGGGGAGUCAGAAUCUUUCCUCUUCUAUGGCAGAAAUCUAAAAUAAAACUUAUUGGUGAAGGAGGGAUUCUCUCUCUCUUAAAUCACUAUCUAAUGGGGUUUGAUCCUAUGAUUUUUUUGAGAGUGUGUGCUUUGGGGUUGGAGGAUAGUUUUAUUUUUGUUUUCAUUUAGGCCCUCUUCCCUGAUGUAGGCACAUAGUUCAUUGUGGGGAGAGGAUGGGAGGACUUGCGACUGAGUUUUUAUAUAUUAUUUGACUAGUAGCCCUUUGGGUUCAGAACCACCCCCUUAGAAUCGCUGGAUGAAUCAUUGUUAUAAUGCUUUUUUAUAACAUUAACGAUUUCUAAAGUAAAGCCACACUUUGAAACCUUUGACAUUAGAGAAAGAAACCUCAGCAGAUUGAGUCUGUGCUGCCCUUUCUUGGGACUAUUCAUGUAAGAAAUGGAAAAGUGGCAAGUCGGCUUUUUUGAAAUCUCAUUUCUAAAACAACAGUAAAGGAAAAUGUGCCUUUAAAAAACUACGAGCCAUGAUCUGAGGUUGCCAUUUGAAGUCUUAUGUACUGUUCUUCCUAAUUUAAUUUGAAUGAAUUUGACUGUUUAAGUAUCCUGAAAAGGGCAUCAGUCACACAGCCAGGUUUUUCAGUUGGGCUUUGAUGUGUAUUUUAAUUCAAGUACGUCAGAGAACUGAUAAAUACCUCUCUUUCUCCUCUCAUCCAAACUAUGCAUUUAUUUAAAAAAAAAAACAACAGAAGUACUCUUUAUUUAUAUUUACCAUUUUCUUACUGUUUGUGUCCGUUUUCAGUCAUAGGAUACUACUUUGUACAUUCUUUUCAAAGUUUGUCCUGUGGAUAGAUUCCCCACCCCACCUCCAAAUUUAUGGGAUCCUUUUAAAUGAUUUUGACUGUCUUAGCAUUGUAAAUCUUUGGCACACUCUAUUUACCGAUUUUCUUUUUUUUUUUUUAAAGAUUGUUUAUUUAGGUAGAAAUAGAUCUAUUUGACUUUAGAUCUCAUUUGUUAUGGUGUUUAAAAACAUUGUACACAAGGAUACCCAGCUUCAUGCUGUGGAAUAAUUUGUUUAUUUAUAUUAAAGGUUUAAAGAACACAGCAUACCUUUUUUCAUAAAUGUUCUUAAAUUUUGAAAUAAAAAAUGUUGAUCAAAAAUGUGUAUACAGAAUGUUGUUAAAUUAAUUUUCAAGGACAAAUUUUUGAAGAAUAAAUGCAGUUUAUACGGUU